UGUUGAUUAGAAGCGCGCAACUUCUUGCUGUUGCUAUGGAAUAUAUCGUAAUAUAUCGAGUUACUAACUCAACAGAGUUUUAGGAUAGCACUUCAGAAUGGUACCGUGCAUCUGAACAUUGCUCGUGAGAAAAGAUCAGAAGCCGCCAGCUGAGGGUUGCAUUAAAAUCAUGACCCUAACUGCCUCAGGCUAGGGUAUUUGACUUUGAUUAUAUCAGUAUCACAUCGCUUGCGGAAAGUAGACUGGAGUCAUCAAAAACUGUUGAAACACGAAAAGGAUAUUCUCUGACACCGAAAGCUCAACACUGAAUUAUUCAUAUUCUAACCGCACUCAAGGCGAGACUCAAGGGAGCGUUCGCCGGCCGAGAUCAAAGCGACGCCACUCCACUGAUUAUAUAAAGGGUCAAGACGGACAUGACCCGGGAUGUGUCGAGUACGAUAUGGAAUAAUUGACCAGAUAGAACAUGUUACUCGAACAUUGCUGUGAGUUUAGCAUUUAUUUCGCAUUUCUACUAUUGGGAUGGGUCAGGAUUUGUGAUCGAAAGAGGUAACAACUGAUGGACUUGGAAUUCCUCUUGUUUGUGAUAAUCCUUUAGCCAUCCAGAAUGAGAUUACUCGGACGAAAUACGCGAAGGAUCCUCUAUUAUCUGAUAUUUGGUGGAUUCUGUGUCUUUGUCUACCUCCAGUUUUCCAGCUCAAGAUCCGGUGAUCAACAUGAGGUUUUCAACCAGUUCCCGGGGAAAAUGCCGAAUAUGGUCGAAGUUAAACGCGAGAACCGAGUUGACCAGAACGUACAGCACAUGGAGGUUCAGAUCGACGCAAACAGGCAAGAUCCCAACCAAAUAAAAUUAGUUGAGGACCGUCCAAAUGAUGGCGAGCCGCCAGCUCUUGCUGGUCCUAAGAAGUUUGGUCCGACGUCACACCUCAACCCAGGGAGGCGUGGUAACUAUGAACCACCUGAACUGCCGCCAAAACACGGUCCAGGUGAAGGUGGCAAGCCUGUUUAUACCUCAUUGCAAGAGAAAGCCGAUGUGGACAGGGCGUUGAUGUACGAUGGUUUCAACAUGCCUGCCAGUAACAAAAUUGCCAUGAACAGGACCAUUCCGGACAGUAGAUUACAAGAGUGUAAAUAUUGGCAGUACCCUCCUGAAGAGGAGCUUCCGACCGCCAGCGUGGUGGUGAUAUUCUACGAUGAGGGCUUGUCACCCCUCCUACGAACCGUCCAUACUAUUGUAGAUAUGAGUCCAAAGAAGCUACUCAAAGAAGUUGUCAUGGUAGAUGACUUCAGUGAAAGAGAGGAUUUCCGGCCUCCAAAUGGGUAUCUAUACAAAUAUAUGCGGGAGAAAUUUGGGGAUUUGGUUAAGAUCUAUCGCACGGAGAAGCGGGAAGGAUUGAUUAGAGCGAGGAAUUUCGGUGCUGAGAAGUCAGUUGGUGAUGUUGUUGUCUUCCUUGAUGCCCACUGUGAAUGCAAUAAGAACUGGUUGGUGCCUCUCCUGGCAAGGAUUGCGUAUGAUAGAACCAUUUUAGCCGUCCCCAUCGUCGACAUGAUAGAUGGUAACACGUUCAGGUACACGCCCUACUCUACCAACAGUCAUAACCGCGGCAUCUUCGAGUGGGGCUUCUUCUACAAGGAGAACUCGGUGCCUGAGAGAGAACUAAAGAAACGGAAACACUUUUCAGAACCGUACUGGGCGCCCACGCAUGCGGGAGGCCUUCUAGCAAUUGAUAGGAAGUACUUUUUUGAAAUGGGAGGAUAUGAUCCUGGUCUCAAGAUCUGGGGAGGAGAAAACUUCGAAUUAGCUUUUAAGAUUUGGCAGUGUGGGGGAAGUUCAGAAUGGGUGCCUUGCUCACGAGUCGGCCAUGUGUACAGGGCGGGCCAGAGAGCAGCCUUCAAAUCUGGUAUCAAGAACAGCCAUUUGUUACCUCUGGCUUAUAUGAACUACAAGAGAGUUGUAGAAGUGUGGAUGGAUAAUGAAUUCAAGGAAUACUUCUAUAGGAUGUUGCCAGAAAUCCGGAAGGUCGAUGUCGGCGACUUGUCAGCCCAGUUUGCCAUUAAAAAGAAGUACAACUGUAAGAGUUUCAAGUGGUUUAUAGAGAAUAUUGCUUAUGACGUGCCAGAGCGGUACCCAUAUCCACCUCCUCUGAUAGGGUGGGGAGAGAUCUCGACAGUUAACACCAACCAGUGUUUUGACGCGCCCAGGGAUCCCAUGCUUUCCGUGUACGGGUGUCAUCACGGAGGAGGCUCGCAGCUGUUCCGCUUCAACACGAAGGGUCAGAUCGGGAAGGGUGAGCGAAUGGUGGAGGCAGACGGUAACGGCAAGCUGUUCAUAAAGAUGUCAUCAGGCUCCCAGACAGGUCCGUGGGAGCUAAGGAAGGACACUCAAGCCAUCUACCACACAGAAAGAAAGAAAUGUGCCGACGUGGUUGGUACGGACGUCAUGCUGAGGGAUUGCGAUCCAACUAAAGAAACCCAGAAAUGGUUCAUUCGAGAAAUACACCCUUGGAAACACACUUACACGAAGGAAUGAGCGCUCGUCCGUCAAAUAUAUCUAUUGAAACAACAGAGUCAAGUUUGGAAACAGUCACUAACGGAGUGAUCAUGCAGUUUACGAACCUGUCGUUAAGUGGGGUAUCUCCACCUUCAUUCGGUCUCUCCGCACAUAUCGAUUUUGUUCCUCAUAAGUUCAUGUGGGACUUUCUGAUAUUUGGUGACAUGUGGUAUUGUGUUUGUUAGCCAGAACAUGGAGAUGAACUUGCAUUCUUUGGCACUCUGUGGGUGCCAAGUGAUUAUCGUUGCACUUGGCAGCAGUGUGCAAAUUAAUGUUGAUGAGUGCGUCGUGCCCGCUGCCCACAACAGACAUGGCUGAAAUAUUACAAUAUUGCGGUGUCUUUCGCUGUAAAAACGCAUCCCUUGUGCUUUUGCAAGUGCUUGAAGGGCAAGCGAUCCCAGCAAUGGAUACAGUCGAAUAAUGUCGAUAGAUGUACAAGUCAGAGCAAAAAUGCUGUAGAUAUCGCUCAAGUUUAGAGACAAUGGGUGAUAUGAAUAAAGACUAGCUCAUGUACUCCAUGUACAUUUACACUAGGCCUUUCUGUACAAAAUUGAAGUAAAAGCAUUUGCUAGUCUUUAUUCAUAUCACCCAUUAUCGACGUUGUGCGUCAAACCUGAAAACGCACAACGCCGAUAGAUCGGCAUGAUAGUCUUUAAAAAAUGCUUGCUAUGUAGGGUUUGAAUCCUUCAUAAGAUAUGGCGAGCAAUUAAGAGACGUUGACUGUUUUGUAACUGGUGCCGACUGCUUCAUAUUGAUGCCAUAUUGUAGCAUGGGGCCAUGACACUGGAAAGCUGCUGGUGUUGCUGCCUUGCUGAUAUUCAUGGGCCGAGUUCUUCUUUGAUGGACAUUGCAUUUUGGUCAUAUCAUUGUGUUCCUCAGGCAGUUUUGCCAAUGUCUUGUGUGAUUGGUACACUUCUGGCCAGAGAAUACCUCGGCAAGAGAGGACGGGAGGCUUUGAUUGGCUGGUGGAAAGCGGUGAAUAGAUUGUCAUGCACAAAUUAGAAAGUAUCUCCGCAGCCAGAUGGAGCCUCGAUCAACUUUGCGAAUGGUCCCGUUAUUUAUCAUUUCGGAUUCAUUCCAAGAAGAAAGGGUUGUUGGUAAUAUUGAUUAAGUUUAUUGCAAUUUAUAGUAAACAUGUUUGGUACGCUUAUACAGAGGACGUUGCCCGGUGGUUUUGGUUGAGGUUAAUUAACUUAGUUGUGUACAAUAUUUUAUUCGUUGGUCCCACAGGGGCUGGGUGCUUGCGGGACAAUAGGUGCCAUAGAGUGAUGCUACUUAUUGAAGUAUUCGAUGCCCCCACAGAGAAUUCACUUAAUAACAAUGUACUUUUAUCAAUCUUGGAUAGAAUUACAAGCCGGCAUUAAUGUACUCUAAAGAAAGUUGUACUUAUCCACUUGUUAAUUAAGUAAUUGCUUUAUGAUAAUUAGUGCGUAUGUAUUUCUAUGUACAUUGCACUUCUAAACUAUGCAAGUUGAACAUUCCAUUAAAGUAUGUAGGCCUAUGUUAGGGGCAAAAAAUAGUGGUUUGUGAAAUGAAAUAAAUAAAUAUUUUUCUUAUA